UGUUUCUUGUGCCAUGUUUCGAGCAGUUCAACGUCUCUCUAGCGCUACGUGCGGAUCCCGCCUUCACCAGUACGUAACAGCUGCCUCUGUUUGGACAUCUUACAGAGCAGGAACAUUGAUCAGAGAUCAGAGUCACAACCAUCUGCACGCUUGUCACGUCAGCAAUAGAUGGUCAACGAGAUGUCAAACUCUAUGAUGCAAUGAAUUGCAAAAAAAAGUGAUUUUGCUGUAGAAGCUGAUCACGACUUUCAUAUCAUUAGAAUUGGUUUCAAUAGCACCAGCUUAAGACUUAAAUUUAUAAAUACCAAAUUAUGGAAGUGAAAACUCUCAAACAAUUUCAAUGUAGCAACAUUCCCUUACAUAAAAUGUGUUUUCUAGUGAGAACAAAGUAACUCAGUCAGAGCAAUACCUUUUAUAAACAGGAAAAGAAAAAACGUGUUAUGGUUUUAACACCUUUUAGAGGAAACGUGGAAAGAAGCGUGGGAAAGAAAAAAACAUAAAACAAAUGCGCAUGCGUGCAUGUCUGUGUGUGUGUAGGGGGGGGGUCAAGUUAACAGUGAGGGUUUAAGUGAAACAAAAGAUCAGCAGCAAAACUGAAAAGAUGAAGCUUCUACUGAACAGCGUGCUGAUGGUCUCCCUCUGUGACAUCGUGUCUUGCAAGAGAUGUGAUUUCAACAUUACCCACUCCCCGGACCUUGAUGUCACUGAGGGUGAAAUGGUGAAUAUCACCUGCUGCGUUGCAGGAGCUCAGCGUCUAUCAUACUCCUGGAUAAAGCACCAGCCCAGCAACACAAAGAAAAUAAAAUAUCAAACAUUGAGCAUAAACGGCUCACGAGCCUGCUUCAAUCUGGUGUUAUCAAAUAUCAACAUAAAUGAUUCCGGAAGAUACUUCUGUAAGGUAAAGGAGGAGAUACCUUAUAUUUGCGAAGAUGCUGUAAAUGGCACAAUAAUAACAGUCACCACAAGACAGGGUAAAGGCGCAGUGUCAUAUAAAAUUUCUCUCAGUGUCAUAAUCCCCGUAGCUGUAGUGGUUCUACUGCUUCUCGUCGCUCUGUGCUGUUUCUGUUUCAUGAGGCUCAAACGAGCCCAAGCUGCCAUGGUGAUCUAUGAGGUUCCCCACUUUGACUCAGAAGAAGCAGAGAUGGAAAAACACAGCACCUCUUCCACAGGCUCAACUCAGUGGCGCCAGGUACCUCUAUAUGACUCACUGGACUACUUUGAUCAUACGCAAAACAAAGAAAGUGAAUGAACAUCUACAGCGGCUUGGUUUUCUCCUUGUUAAUUAUGUACAUUUAUUUUAUUCCCUGUAUAUCAAACUUUUUUGUUUAUGUAUAUAUAAAUACACUUUCUC